CCUCAUCGGCCUUAGAGGCACAAAGAGUCUCUCGGUUCCCUGCACCUCAGUGCCAAGUUUCUGUAAGCCACUUCCAUGCAAACUCUCCUUCCGCUUUUAAAAAGAAAACUACAUUCGCAAGGGGAGGGUACCCAAGAAGAAAACCGAGACGGUAAGUGCAGCACUUUUAUAAAGUAAACAAACAAAAAGCCUGCCUUGACGAAGGCGGCUGCAAAACUCUGAGGCCAGCGCGCACAACCCACAUCGCAUACCCCCACAGCGCCCCGCGGUCCCUCCGAGCGCCGCGUGACGCCCCCAGCCCGGUUAGCAGAAUGGACUCGGCACCCACGGCUUUCUCGGAGGGAAAAUGCACAAUGCACGAAUCAGGGCCGCGCUCCCCGCUCCCCGCGGCCCCUGCACACAGAAUGUCUCCGGGAAUCGCCCACACGAGCCCGGGGCCGCCCUCUCCUUCCGGCGCCGGCCGCGCGGAGCCCGCUCCCCCGGACACCGCCCCCAAAGUGCCCGCGCGGCCCCGCGACUCCGCCGCCCCAAGUUCGCCCGCGGCCGCUCCGGCGCGAAAGCGUCCCGCACUUGGCGGACCGAGAGUGGCGGCCGUCGGCCCCGGACCAGCAGAUCUAUUUUCACUAUCUCAAGGCACACCGCUGCAAACAUGGCCCAUCCCCAGCUCCCCGUGCACAUCUUUCCUGUUGGAGAAACCAGGACAGAGAUCAGCAUUUCUGUCCCAGUUCCAAACUCCCCUGAGAGAUUCUGAUCUGCCCAUUUUAGGUCAGGGGAUAGUCUUCACUCCAGAGCUCCUAAGAUAACAGAGACUGGAGUAACAGGCAUUGCAGAACUGAUUUUAUAAACGGAGAACGUGUACCAUAUAUAUUGCUAGUUAAAAGCAUGUAUUACUGUUGAGUUCUACCUCCUCAGAGGCCUAGGUUUCCUUCCCUUGAGGGUGAAGAUGCAGUAACAGAAAUGCGUUCUGCAUCAGACCCUUCUCUCUGGGCACCUAGAACACUUCCAGUUGACGUCUGCUUCAGGAGGAGGUCACUAAAAGUGCCCCCACAUGACGCAGCAGACACUCCACUGGUCCCAGUGCCCUCUCCAAUCCCUUCCAGAUGGUGAAUUGUUAGGAAUCUAAAAUGGAGUAAAUGAUCUGCAGAAAUUCAGUGGUGUCAAAGGAGCCAGUCCAAAGUCACCCGGCUUUAAAACGCUGCGAUUCUGUGAUUGCAAUGAUGCCCAGGAACACAACGCGGCACGACAGACCC